AUGGAGCACCACGUUCUUCAAAAUGGCACGGUGAACAUUUACGAGCACUACUUCGACGACAUGAUACCGACGCCGUUGGUGCAGCCUUUCAGCUUCAGGUGAGCGAUUUACCCCUCGACUUAUUAGCAUUAACGAAUCCGCUCUUUCUCCGACGACUUGUCCUCGUGUCGUUUGGUAAUCUUUUCUUCUUUCAACGUCACAUUUUUCAAAUCACUUCAACGACUUAAAUUCAAUCAGCUUCCCUCUUGUGCUAUCUCGAGACCUUUCCAAGUCCUCGUCGCGCGUCACAAAUUGAUUCGCUUGUCAAAAAAUUGAUCGUCAGCUCGCGCGAGCUUAUUCAGCGCUGUCUGCCAGAGAUGCAGAGACGGCGUAGCACUCGUCUUCUUCAAGUCAUCCUCUUUUUCCUUCCUUUCGCAGAACCGUGAACUUGUACAAUGAUCCAGAAACGCCGAAGAGACCGGUGACCAAUAUCUCCUGGUGUCCGGAUUCUGGCAACAGGAUAGUGGUAUCUUACUGCUUCUUGGACUUUGGCAAGCUGCCAGAUUACAGUAAAAAGCUAUACAUCUGGCAGGUCGACAAUCCGAACAAGCCUUACAUGGGCCUGGAGCCCUCCUCGCCGUGCGUCUGCUGCGAAUUUAAUCCCCGGGAUCCUUCCGUCCUUGCCAGUGGUCUUAUGACGGGCCAAGUCUGCAAUUGGGACACCAGAACCGGCAACAUGCCCGUCCAGUACUCUCAUCUGCAGUACAGUCACAGAGAAUUCGCGAACGCGGUGAAGUGGCUGCCGACGAAGAGCAACACGGAGUUCUUCUCGACGUCGAGCGACGGGAGCGCGAUGUUGUGGGACACGCGGCAGCUUCGGCAACCGGUCGAGACCAUCACGUUCGACUUCGAGCAUCCGAACGAGCCGGACGUGGACCGAGCGAUCGGCGUCUCCUGCCUCAACUUCGGCCCGAUGGUCGGCACCAAGUUCAUGUUCGGUCUGGAGAACGGUGUCGUCGUUACUGGCUCGAGGAAAGCGCGGACCAACGCCGAGAAACUGUCGGUCAGGUUCAACGCUCACUUCGGCGAGGUGAAGUCCGUCGAUCGGAACGUCUUCAAUCCGCUGGUGUUUGUGACGAUCGGCGAUUGGAGAGCUCGCGUCUGGGUGGAGGACACCAGAGAAGACUGUCUGGUUUCCACGCCAUUCUUGCGAGAGUAUCCAACGGGCGGCUGUUGGAACAAGGCGAGAUUCUCUGUUUUCUACGUGAUGACCGACUGCGGCCAGCUGCUGGUCUGGGACAUCCUUCAGAGUCUUCGCGCGCCGGUUUUCACGCUGAAGCUGUGCGACGAGAGGCUCACUGCCCUCGCGCCCUGCGAAGAGGGCGCUUUCCUCACCAUCGGUAACUACGCCGGCAAUGUGUUCCUCGUUGAACCGAACGAGUUCUUUCAGACGUUCGAAAGGAAGGACAGAACCGUGCUUUCGGAGUAUUUAGACAGAUGCUCGAAGAUGACGAAGGCAGUGGAUCUGCGGUUGAAGGAGAUCAAGCUGGCGCAGAGGAUCGCGAUCGAGGAUCAGAAUUCGGAUCUGCGCGCCAAGGACAAAUCCAGAUGGUUGAAGUCGAAAGUGAGCAAGGUGCGCGAGUCGAAGAUCGACAAAGAGCGGGAGAAAAGCACGCAGAAGGAGAGGAAGAAGAUCCGAGACGAUGUCGCGCACCUUUUGGAGAUUGCCGAGAAGAAGUACUUCGAGGCGGUGCAACAAGGUCUCGAGGCGUACGCGUUCGAAACCGAUCCGGACGUGGUUCCGGUUCUGAUGCCGACGGUGAGGAAAGUGGAGAGGAAGCCAAAGAUAUCGCGAGUAGUGGACGACGAGCUCGACGAGGAGGAGGAGAAGAGAGUCGUGGCGAGGCCUCGAAGGUCCACGCUAAUAAUCAGGAAGAGACCGAGAGCCCCGAUGAAGUUAUCGGUGCCACGUCCGGUGGAACUGGCGAGAGAGGACCGACUGUUGGAUCUCGAUCUGAAGGCGGACAAAGCGAAGAAGGUGAGGAAGAAGAAGCGCAAGGCAUUGUUCGUGCUACCGCAGCCCUGCAAGCGAGAGAUCUGCAAGCCGAAAGUCUGCUGCUGGCGACCUGGAGUGAAAGCAGAAAGGAAGAGGCGAUCGAGAGGAGUGGAAAGAUCGACUCUGGGCUCUGCUGUUUCUGUUCAACUGGCGGACAAAUGGAGGCGUCGUGGUAUGGAAAGCAAAGCGCUGAGGGAAAUGCGAGCACCGCCCACGGUGUUCAGAGAGGAACUGCUCGAGGCCAAGGCAGAAAUUCAAAUGGCUAGAGAAAAGGCCAAGAAGUCUAGGCUUCGAUUAUCCGUGAAAGCUAGAGUUGCGAAGCGCCGACCUGAAAGGGCAAGAGUGACGAAGGGCGAACCAGAAGCGACCGGAGAGCAGGAUCUUCGAAUGACGGAGGAAGCGAAGAGAGAAAGGAAGAAAGUGAGAAAGGAGAAAGUGAUACGGGACCCGUGCAUCCCUCCACCGUCGAGCAACAUCGUCGAGGAACUAUGCCUGGCUAUGUUUGGCACUGCCCCGUCGCAAUUGUCGGAGGAAAGAGAUUACUUGGGCAGAGAUUACUUGCAGGAGAUCGAACGCGCAAAGAGAAGAGUUUAUCCGCGAAUUUCGGAGUUCGGGCACAUGGAGUGACAGUCUCUGCCACGAGACGUAUUUGUAUUCGAAAGUUCUCAAUGGCGGCUCGGAUCCCACCCCUCCCGUCAUCUGAUAUUUGUAAUUUU